AUGCGUUCUACCCCAGUUCUCCGCACAGCCUUGGCUGCUGCUCUGCCCCUUGUUGCAUCCGCCGCGGAUGGCAAGUCUACCAGAUACUGGGACUGCUGCAAGCCGUCGUGCUCGUGGUCUGGAAAGGCCUCGGUGAGCCAGCCUGUCUUCGCCUGCGAUGCCAACUUCAACCGCCUCACCGACGUCAACGCCAAGUCCGGGUGCGAUGGCGGCUCGGCCUACUCCUGUGCCGACCAGACUCCCUGGGCGGUGAACGAUAACCUCGCCUAUGGUUUCGCGGCAACACACAUCGCUGGCGGGUCCGAGGCGUCAUGGUGCUGCGCGUGCUACGCCCUCACAUUCACUUCGGGCCCUGUGGCGGGCAAGACAAUGGUUGUCCAGUCCACCAGCACGGGCGGCGACUUAGGCAGCAACCACUUUGACCUCGCCAUGCCGGGUGGUGGCCUGGGUAUCUUCAACGGCUGCUCGUCCCAGUUCGGCGGCCUGCCUGGCGCGCAGUAUGGCGGGAUUUCGUCGCGCGCCGAGUGCGACUCGUUCCCCGACGCUCUCAAGCCAGGCUGCCAGUGGCGCUUCGACUGGUUCAAGAAUGCCGACAACCCGACCUUCACCUUCGAGCAGGUGCAGUGCCCGGCCGAGCUCGUUGCCCGGACAGGCUGCAGGCGCGACGACGACUCCAAGUUCCCGGCCUUCACUCCCAGCGGCGGCAGCGGCUCAUCAAAGCCGUCAUCGGCCGCGUCUUCGCCAAGUCCAUCUUCUCCCUCGGCCAUUUCCAAGCCAAGCCCGUCCCCUGCCGCCCAGACCUCCGAUAGCUGCACCGCUCAGCGCUGGUCACAGUGUGGCGGGAAUGGAUUUACCGGCUGCACAACGUGCGUCUCGGGAACCACCUGCCAGAAGCAGAACGACUGGUACUCGCAAUGCCUUUAA